UCCACUUCAUUCCAUUUCCUCACUUCGCUUGCACUCCACUUCAUUCUGCUUCAUUCCACCUCUCCACUCUCAUUCCUCGCCUUUACCAGAACUCCACUUGCGGACUUGUGCACCUCACAAUUCGACGUUGUCUUUUGAACAGAGUGUUCGUUUUAUAUAUUUUGAUCGUUUUUUUUUUUUUUUUGACAAACAUCCAGUCAAUUGAACAGCGGAGAAGGCAGAGUGUUUGUUGUAUAGACCAAUUCCAUGGCCGCGGUCGCAUACUCGGCCGUGCCCUCGUCAGAGGAGGACAGCCAUCAUGGGCCACCCGUCAAGGCUCCUCCAGAACGACACCCGCACCAGGACCUGCCGCAGUUCACCUGGCGCGCAGUAUGGGUCGGAAUCGCGAUUGGAACACUGCUCUGCUUCACCAACAUGUACUUUGGUCUCCAAACCGGCUGGAUCUCGAUGAUGUCGCUCCAGUCCUCCCUCCUCGGCUUCGCCAUCUUCAAAUCCCUCCCGGCCUCCUACUACCGCACCCACCCUCCCUUCGGCCCUGCUGAGAAUAUCGUUCUCCAGUCGAUUGCGGUCGCCACGGGGACGAUGCCUCUCGCAGCCGGGUUCGUCGGUAUCAUCCCAGCCUUGCAGAUGAUGACCAAGGAGGAUAAUCCGCCCCUGGGUCCGAUCGUGCUCGGGGCUUGGGAAUUGAUCGGGUGGUGUCUAGCGAUCGCCUUCUUUGGGGUUUUCAUCGCAGUGCCCUUGAGGAAACAGGUGGUCGUGAAGGAAAAGCUGCCGUUUCCGAGUGGGACGGCUACGGCCCAGAUGAUCGGGGUCUUGCAUAAUGCGCCGUUGGUGGUCAAGGAAGGGGUCGAAAGCUCGAGAGGGGAGAUCAGGAGAAGAAGAGGGUGGGCUCCGGAAGAUGAGGAUGAGGAGGCGACGGUUUUGCACAUGGCUCCAUUAGGUUCGUCCUCGGCAUCCUCUGGAACCGUAAGAGCAACUGCUAUAGGAUCCAAUCAAGAGAACCAACAAGAGGACCAACAAGACGACGACGCAGAAACAGAAACAGAAGGCAGGAUUGAGAUUGGAGGCGAGGACGGUGAAUUCUCGCUCGACAAGAGCUUUCUCCAGGAGGACAACUGGCGGAUCAACAUGGCCGCCCUCGGGGUGUCCUUCACCCUCUCUGGCCUCUACACCGUCCUCUCCUACUUCUUCCCCGUGAUCGCAGCCAUCCCGGUGUUCGACUGGAUCUCGGGGAUGACGAUUGCGUUCGGGGGUCGGUGGCAGUGGUUCUUUACACCAUCGCUUUCUUAUAUCGGUCAGGGCGUCAUCAUGGGUUUUCCGACCACGGCGUCCAUGUUGUUGGGAUGUAUUGUUGGAUGGGGAUUGCUUUCGCCGCUUGCGACGUUGAAUGAGUGGGUGACGGGACCGGUCUGGAGCUCGACCACGGGCGCGAGAGGAUGGAUCCUUUGGAUUUCGCUAGGCGUGAUGAUUGCGGAAUCGAUCGUGUCGCUCCUGGGUGUCGUGGUCCUGUCGCUCGUGGCCCAUCAUCGGUACAUGGUCAAGUCGAGACGAUAUGAGGAGCGCAGACAACUUUUGGAAGCCAGAGCUGCGCUCGAGGGGAACGCACAUAUGGAGGAGUACCAUCUACAUGACGACGAAGACACCGAGGACGAAGACUCUCCCCCGGAUCAGUUGGUUCCACUCAAGGUCUGGGUCUGUGGAUUGAUUCUCUCCUCUGCGCUGUGUUUGCUGCUCAUCUGGAUCGUGUUCAAGGAUCAGCAUAUGCCCGUGUACGCGACCGUACUCGCCUUGGUCCUCGGAUCCUUACUCUCCGUCCUGGGCGUGCGAGCUCUGGGAUCCACAGACCUGAAUCCCGUCAGCGGCAUCGGGAAAGUCUCCCAGUUUGUCUUUGCGGCCGUCGUACCCGGCGGGAUCGUCGCCAACCUCAUCGCCGGCGGCAUCGCUGAAGCAGGAGCCCAGCAGGCCGGAGACCUCAUGCAGGAUCUCAAGACUGGUCACCUAAUGGGCGCCUCGCCCAAGGCACAGUUCUGGGGCCAGCUGAUCGGUUCCCUGGCCUCGGUCUUUAUCUCUACGGGAGUCUACAAACUCUACUCGUCCGCUUAUGAGUUACCAGGCCGACAGUUCGCAGUCCCGACUGCCAAGGUCUGGUUAGACCUCGCCCGACUCGUCAAUGGCCAUUCCCUGCCAGAGCACACCGGUCCCUUCAUCCUCGGGUUCUCCCUUCUCUUUGCCGGACUCACGAUCCUGACUACUGUCUACUCUGACGCCGCCAUCCUCAAGAAACUCGACAAACACGGCAAGGGCGAUGGAGGACGCCCGAAAUGGCUGGCCUACGUCCCCUCAGGGAUCGCCUUCGCCAUCGGGAUGUAUAACCUUCCCAAUUUCACUUUGGCGAGGUUCGUUGGUGGAUUGGUCUCGGUCUGGUGGGACUGGCACUGCAAGCGGUACGCUCACCAUCCGCGUGCGAGGUUUGCGAAACUCGGACGCGUCUUUUUGAUUAUCAUCGCUUCCGGUUUUGUUCUGGGCGAGGGCACGUUCUCAAUUGUGAAUCUUAUCCUCAAGACCUGUGAUGUCCACUCAUGGUCUUGUGCUGGAUGUGUCGAGAGUAUCUGUGUUUGCAACUAAAUCCAAGGUCCAAAGUCCAAAGUCCUUCCCCUCCCCCUUCCCCAUCCCCUUCCC